AUGUACGGUUUUCGAGUAUUAAAAAAUUUAUUUGUUGGUGAUAAUGAAAAUUGGGCAAUAACGCCACGAUUUCCUAGAGUAACAUGGUGUAAUUUUGCCGUAAGAAAUAUGGCUGAUAAUAUUCAUGAAUAUACUGUUCAAUGUUCAUUACCAAUUAAUUUAUUUAAUGAAAAAAUUUUUUUAAUUAUUUGGUUUUGGUUAUAUUUUACAACAUUGUGUACAUUAUUCGGUUUUCUCUAUUGGAUUUGUUCAUUAUUCUAUCCAAAAUUAUAUGAAAAUCAUUUAUUAAGAUAUUUAAGAUCAAUGAAACGUAUUCAUUUACAUCAUGCUCACAUGUAUUCAAAUGGACACAGUGUAAUUGGUCAUUCUAAUAAUCAUUUUUCAAAAACUCUCACAUCAAAUAUUGAUUUAGAACGAAUAUGGAACAUGAAAGUAUCAACUAAUUUAAAAACAAAAAUAAUUUCAAACGAUGAUCAAAGAUCAUCGACAACUGCAUUGACUCACACUGAUGAAAUAUUAUUUACCGAUUUUACAAUGAAAUAUUUGGGACGAGAUGGUAUUCUAGUAUUAUAUAUUAUUAAUAAGAAUUCAAAUGAGGUAAUAACGGGUGAAUUAGUUUCGGUACUUUGGGAUCUCUAUAGAGCACGUAAUCGAUAG